AUGGGCUGGUCGGGGAAGUGCGCGGCGAAUAUGGAGGACUCGGUGCCCGCGGCGUUCCAGGAACACCUUGGGAAGAGCGUCAUAAAAGGGCGCAGCAUCACUGUGGCCACAGGUGGUGGCUCUGGAGGCGGCUGGGAUUGCCUAACAGCAAAUCUAUUAGAUGGAGUCCGGGUGGCCUGUUCCCCCGAGCAGAGAGGACAACUGGCUCUGCUGAGGGUGGCACGCCUUGUCAAUCGACACUGGCAUAGAUGGGCCAACGACGUGACAACGUUCCUGGCGCCCAGGGAUGCGCCUGUGGGUGCGUUGAUGGCUUCCUUGAAGGGCAGUUUUUCCAACACAUGCUGCCUUGACCUGUCUGGCUGCCAGGUGGACGAUGCCUGGUUGGCCACCCUGCUGCCAUGCCUCCCAGCCCUCACAGAGCUCAGCCUGAACGGCCGCUGUGUGAGCGACAGCAGCCUGACGCGGCUGCAGGCCUGCACCGAGCUCCAGCGCCUGGACCUGUCCAACUGCCGGCAGAUCAGCGACCAGGGGCUGACGCAGCUCCUCCGCAUACCCUCCCUGCGGCACCUGGCGCUGGCUGUCUGCCCACUGAUCACCGACGCUGGCGUGGAGACUCUCACAGGGCUCAUCGGCCUGGAGUCCCUGGAUUUGGCGUGCCGGGGGCGCGUGACGACUACCAGCACGUUCGGGGAGCCACGUUGCCCCUCCAGGGUGAGCACCGCCGGCUUUGAGUGCCUCUCCUCCCUCACCAACCUCACGCAGCUCAACCUGAGGGAUUGCUUCCGUAUAACGGACGCUGUGGUGGGGGCCCUGUCUACCCUGACCAACCUGCGGCACAUCGACCUGUCGUUCUGCUCUAGGAUCAGGGACGAGUCCCUGGGGUGGUUGGGCCGCCUGACGGCCCUGGAGCACGUAGACCUGGAGGGGUCCUUUGGGGUGAGCGACGCGGGCGUGCAGCAGCUGAGCAGCCUCACCAACCUGCGCUACCUGUGCCUGUCGGACUGCAACGGGGUGGUGGACUGCGGGGGGACGGUGCGGGGGCGGGGAAUCACGAAUGAGGGUUUCGGCUGGCUGGGGACCUUCGCCAGCCUGAGGCACCUGAAGGUGAGGCGGUGCGAGAGUGUGACCGACGAGGGCGUGGCGCGGCUGUCCGGCCUCGUUAACCUCACCCACCUGGACCUGUCCAACUCGCACAACUCGAAAGCCGUGAAGGAGGGCGGCCUGGCGGCGCUGUGCGAGCUGAAGGCCCUGAGGACGCUGCGCCUGUGCAACUGCGUGCCGCGCGUCAGCAACAGGUGCGCCCAGCGCUUCGGCCGCCUGAGCAACCUGACCUCGCUGUCGCUGGUUGGCUCCCAGAUGAGCGACGAGGGUUUUGAGAGCCUAUUUGGGCUGACCAACCUGACGCUGCUGGACCUGUCGGGGUGCCAGGGCUUUAGGAGACAGUGCUUGAGGCACAUGCACGGGGGCACGUUCGUGGAGAGGUUCCCCGGGCAGCUGUGGACUGGGCGGGGCGAGUUGAAUGGCCUCUGA